AUGGAAAGAAAAACAUUUAAGAAAAUAUUUAUACUUUUAUCAUUAUGGAUAUUUUUUCCCGUGGUGUCAGUGGCUGCAUUUAUCUCUUACGCUAUCACCUGGAUCUUUUAUAUACUCUAUGCACAAACUGACGCACCUGCUGACCAACCACUCGUUCCGCUCAGUCCGUGGCGAGUGUUCAAGGUCUCCUUUUAUUUAUUAAAUUAUCUCUACGAAAACCUGACGGGUCCUUUUAUACCGUCCAUAGUUCAAUACUGCUGGCAUAAACUUUCUUCAAAUAGAAAAAGAACUUCAGUGAGGAAAAAUCUACGAUAUGGUCUGCGACCUCGAAAUCGUCUCGACGUAUACCUGCCCGAUCAUGUGAGCACAACAGUGAUCAAAAAUAGUAAAAGAUUCACAGAAGGAAUAUUACACCCAAAUUCAACAAACUUGCCAAGCCCUAAUGCUCAUCAGUCGGAAUCUCCUGUUAUAAUUCUUAUAUGCACUUCGUGGAAUUCUGGAAAUAAAUCAACAUGCAUGCCAGUGGCUCAUAAUCUUCAAAGUCAAGGUUAUGUUGUCGUCGUACCAAAUAUCACAUUAUACCCACAGGGAAAAAUCGCAGAGAUGGUUUUUGAUGUUCAACAAGUAAUUCAUUGGACCCAUUCACAUAUACGACAAUUUCGAGGAGAUCCUUCCCAAAUAUACUUGAUGGGUCAUUCAGCUGGGGCUUUCUUGGCUGCAUUAACAGUUAUCCAUGAUGCAUGUGCUACUUUGGGUGUUAUGCCACUUAAUAAUACUCACGUGAAUAUCCCUGUUUGGGAUAAUGUUUCACGACGGACACCUCUACCAAGAGUUCAAGGAUUAAUUUUAUUUUCGGGCACAUAUGAUGUUACAUAUUAUUAUGCUUAUUUACAUCAUAAAGGACUUGAACAAGUUCAUGCUGUUCCAAGAGUUAUGGGUAACACACCUGAAACAUUUCUCCAAUGUUCGCCAACCUUCUUGUUGAAUCACGCUUUAAAUCGCGUCAAAGAUAAAGACCGAUUGAAAAUGACAUUACCUCGUAAAAUUUUAUUGAUCCAUGGCGCAAAGCAGGACUCAUUCAAUCCACCAACUUCAACGCGUAAUUUCUAUGAUCUGCUAGUUGCAGCCGGCAUUCCAUCCGUACAAUUAAAAAUCUAUGAGAAUCAGAAUCAUAUUAGUCCACGAAUUGAUUUAAUUGUACCAACGAAAAGGUUGUGUGUAUUAUUGCUAGAAGAUAUUAAAGAAUGUUGUUUGGGACAUGCUGGAAUUGUAAUGAUGGGCGGAAAAUUACGUGAAAAGAAAGAAGAAAGUGAUCAUGAAGAAUUCAUGAUGGAUGAAGAAGAUGAAGGACGAGUUACUGUUCAUAAUGGCGGUGAUAUACCUCAUCCUGUGUUAGUGACCGCAUGA